AUGAAUCCUAUUGAAUUCGGAGAAAAAACACGUCAUGAUCAUUAUUUAAUGGAUCAGGAUGUGACUUAUGCUAAUCAUGGUAGUUAUGGACCAUGCCCUCGUUUUGUUUACGAAGAAUUGCAACGUAUUCGUUUUGAACAAGAAAAAAAUCCUGAUCGUUGGUUUCGUUUAACAAAAUAUACUUUAUAUGCUGAUUGCGUACGAGCGGCAGCCAAUCGACUCGAUUGUGAUUUCGAACAAAUAGCACUGGUCGACAAUGCCACUGUAGGUAUUAAUGCUAUACUAAAAUCACCAUUGCCAUCAUUUACAUCAAAACCAGGCGGAACAGUUUUAUGCAUCAAUUUAGCAUAUGGCUCAGUCUUGUUUACUAUUGAAGAGAUGGUUAAACAUCGUAACAUGAAAAUGCGAAAGAUUGAUAUUCAAUUACCAGUGAAAAGUAAACACGACUUUAUUCAACAAUUUGAAGAUGAACUGAAAAAAGGUGAUGUUGAAAAUAUUCGUCUUGCUGUUAUUGAUCAUAUUACAAGUUCAACGGCUAUUCUUUUACCAAUCAAUGAACUUACUGAUCUAUUGCAUGAACAUGGCAUUCCAGUAGUUGUCGACGGAGCACAUGGACCCGGUCAAGUGUUUCCACAACUCUCAUUGAAGACGCUUACUUGUGAUUUUUAUAUUGGCACAUUUCAUAAAUGGAUGUACGCAGCAAGAGGUUGUUCGUUUCUUUUUGUUCGUGAUAAAAUUAUUGCAAAUCAACUUCAACCAAGCAAUACAUCAUGGGGUUAUCGUCCAUCGUUAUCUCAACUUGCUAUAAUGACACAUUUUCAUCUGCAAUUUUUUCAUCAAGGUACACGUGAUGAAUCGGCUUUUUUAACUUUACCAAAAGCAAUCGAAUUUGCUGAUUCCAUGGCUGGUGGAUUUGAUCGAAUUUAUCAAUACAAUUCAACAUUGAGUCAACAAGCAAAAACUUUACUCGAACAACGUUGGAAUACACAAGAAAAAGAUCUUGUUCCUAGUGACAUGCAUGCGCCCUAUUUAAAAAUGAUUCAAUUACCUGAUUUAGUAGACUAUAAAAAAAAUGAUGAUGAUGCUGUUCGUCUUAUCAAUGACUUAAUUGAACAUCAUAAACUAGUUUCAAUUAUUUUAUGUGUGAAUAACGAACUUUAUGUUCGUAUUGCUACACAGAUUUAUAAUCAUAUUGAAGACUAUAUAGUUUUAGCUGAUGCAAUCGAUAAACUUAAAAAAUAA